CUAUCUGUUUAGGGUGGUUGUGGGGACACAUGUAAAUCUAACCAUGGUUAGUUGAAUUCAAUUGCUCAAUUCGUAAUCGACUUAAAUUAUUUUCGGCAAACGCAUUGAAUGAGCUUCGAAAUAGAAUUGUAUCAGUUCCUCUCUGCUGUUAUAGAUAGAUGUUGGGUUUGUUCAAGCGUUGAUUGAAUCCGAUCGCUGCGUUGUGCAUUCACAUGAGUAUCAGCGGGCAAGUUGUCAUUGAUGGAGAAUUGUGGUGAAAAGGCCCAGGGUUCUAAGGUGUUAGGGAAUGACCAUCGGUACCGAAAAGAUCAAUUAGUUCUGGGAUUGUUCCAGGAUAAUGAAUUGUCUGUGGGUGGCAGUGUGAAAAAAAAUCAGGUUGUGCUGUCUGAACGUAGGAGAAGGUGUAAUCGGCCCCCUAACCUUACUUGUCGAAUUGAUACCUUUGGUAGAAUACUUCGGAGGUUUGAUCAUAGGCGGUGUCGUUGGGUUAAAGAGAUGGGGUUUAGUGGAUUGUUGAGUGUUCCUGGUGACUUGCAACUUCUUAGGCAGAUUUGUUAUUGGUUGAUGUCGCGCAUUGAUCCUGUCUCUAGGAAACUAAUUGGAUGUGAUGGGAAAGACUUCUUUUUUUCGAAGAAUCAGGAGCAAUGGGUCCUUGGUAUACCGAAUGGUGGUCUCCCUAUUCCUAGCUACAAAACUAUGAAUUAUGUUGAGAGGGCUAAGGUUGAUGAAAUACUAUGCAAGUAUGGUAAGUCGUUACAAAGCAAAUCUUCGAGGGAUUGUGAUCGUGUCUAUUACUCUAAGAGUAUCGCUGUUGAUUCUAAGAUUAUGGAUUUGGUAGAGGGUGUUUGGCUAGAUGAUCAGGAAGAAGAAUUUAAGACUCUUUUCCUCCUAUUAGCUCUUGAUUUGGUGUUGUGUCCCACGCAGUCCCCUCGAUUAGCAGUGGACCUGAUUCCGGCCCUUACUUGUGCCAUGAAAUGUGCAAGCUAUGAUUGGUGUGGUCUUGUGAUCGAUUUUUUUAUGGAAUCGGUCUCUAGCUUUGCAUGUCGCUUUUAUGGUUCAGGUUAUGCGGUUGGAUGCGGUGGAUGUUCUAUAUUUGUCGUGCUAUUCUAUUUGGAUAGGUUGAACAGGAACCCUGUAGAUUGGGGUGUGUCUCCUCGUAUUAAGGUUUGGACUAUGAAGCUAAUCCGCAGUGCUUGUAGAGCUGAUCGAACAACCCUGAACGGUGAUUAUGGGAAAUUGGGGAUGUUAGAUGUUGCGUAUGGUGAGCAUCACCCUAGGUGUGCCAGAGACAUUGAAGCCCCUGGACCAAUUGAACAGGGUGCUUGUCUGUCAUCUGUUAGUGUACGAAAGAGAAGGCGAGCUACGACUGAUAAAACUCCUUUUAUGCGAAAGCGUGAGAAGGCAAAAUCUGCGGGUGAGGUUGGUGAAAGUCUCCUUUGCGUAGGUUCUUUUUUAUGCCCUCGAUUCAAAUCAAUCGUAGGGCGGAUGCGCGAUAUUGAUGCAGUAAUUGAUCGUUGUGAAAUCACUGUGUUCUUUCCGAACUCUUUAAAGUGGGUUGUUUUCAUCACAUCAUCCCAGAGUGUCUUUGAGACCUUCAGCUGUGUUCAAUUCACUGAGUCAGUGCGAGGCAAUCAUUUUGCAGUCACGGAUGCAUUCAAUCCCUUCCGUCCCUUCCGCAUUCCUCUUUAAUGUGCUCGGACAAUUCCCCUCUCUGGUCAGAUUGCUUCAAUCCUACGUAUGUGGAGGCCAUGGUGGGUCAUAUUGGACGAUAAGGCAAAUAAGUAGCAGCCCAUUAAGACGUAAGUAACUUGUGAGGGUAAUUUGAUGAAAUUAAUUAAGACUCCAUUAUUGCUUGUAGUUGGUUGUUGUAUUUAUUUUUUCAAAAAACGUGGGUUUUGAUAAUGUUAAAGUAAUAAGGAUUUGAUUUUAUAUUAA